AUGAGACUCUUGGAGCAUCCCUUAGACGUUUUCGAGCAAGUUUACCCGAAAGUCUGUGCAGUCAGCUUUUCUAACUUCAAUGAACGAUUCAGUUUUUCCGUAAAAAUGGAAAAUUUUGAUCGUGUGGAACGCGACCUUUUAGAACGAGCAAAUGGAGUCGCUACCUUGGGGGAGUGUUUCGAGUGGUUGCAGUGGUGCGACGAGUGCAUCGAACAACUCGAAGAACUUAAUCGUGCCAAACGUCCUCGACUUGCCAUUGGACUGAGGCAAUCUUUGGUAGCGAGAAUCGCUCGACUCGCGGGUGAAAAGGUGCGACUGGAAAGACGUUUCAUGCACGUUGGUGGCAAUUACGCUAGCACUAGUAACGAUAGUAAUAACGCGAGACUUGAGUGGCGCGAAAUAGACACGGCAUUCGAGAGCCGUAUCUUAACCGGUGCAGUGAUUAACGUGCGUCACAUCGAACCUCGACAGUUUCUUGAAGAUGCCAAAGACAUUGUGCUUGAGCAAGUGCGGGAUGCUUUAGAAAGACACGGUAGUGUAAAAGUGAACACUGCGUUUAAUGGUGAAUUUGUUGCGGGGGAUAAACAUGCUAACAAGAGUGUAAAUACAAAGAAUUAUGCACUUUUUCAAUUAUCUAAUUUGAACGAAUGGUACGAGCUAUACGUUAUCGAGCCUACAUUAGCUUUGCUGGAAGAAUUUCAAGAACGCGAUAGCGGGUGGGCGUUAUCACGUAUUUUAAAUUUAACUAUUAAUAUAAAUAAGUACAAUCCUAUGCGUGCGGGAUGUCAUUUUACAUUACCACGGCCUAUUAUGCUGAAAAAAGCAAUAAUCAAUGUGCAAUCUGAAGACAAUGCAUGCUUCGCAUGGUCGGUGGUCGCCGCUUUACAUCCUGCAGAAAGGCAUAGUGAUAGAGUAUCGUCGUACCCGCAUUAUUCAACAGUUUUAAAUUUUGGUGAUAUAGAGUUUCCAGUCGCGUUGAAAAACAUAAAAAAAUUUGAGCGGCUUAAUAACAACAUUUCCGUCAACGUCUACGGCAUGGAAGAGGAAAGAUUUGUCCCCUUGCGACUUUCCGACAACAAGAAGGAAAAGCAUGUUAAUUUACUAUACAUGCAAGACAAGGAAGACAACGUGGGACACUUCACAUGGAUAAAAAAUCUCUCCCGGCUUAUAAGCAUGCAAGUGAGCAAACACAAUGGGAAAAAAUACAUUUGCGAUCGAUGCCUACAUUAUUUUGAUUCUGAGCAAAAAUUACAAUCACACGCAGCGGACUGUAAUCGAAUGAACGACUGCGCCAUCUUAUUACCGAAUGAAAAAGACAAGUGGCUGAAAUUCCGUAACCCCGAACACAAGGAACGGCUUCCCUUCGUCGUAUAUGCCGAUUUGGAGUGUGUGCUGCAGAAGACGCAAUCUGACACGGAGCAAGGAUCUUAUAAAUAUCAACACCAUCAGGUAUUUAGCAUCGGAUACUACGUGCGAUGCUCAUUUGACGACACGUUAUCUGUAUAUCGAUUUCGUCGCGAUCCUGAUUGCGUCACGUGGUUUACUAAACAGCUAGAAGAACUGGCGUAUAAGGUUAAGAUACGUUUAUCAGCUAAUGUUCCCAUGAACGCGUUGUCGAAAGAACAGUGGGAGGCGUACCGUAGCGCGACACAUUGCCAUAUUUGUAAUAAUUUGUUCGCGCCGGAUGAUACGCGAGUGCGCGAUCAUUGCCAUUUAACCGUGUUUCACAAUUUAUCAGGUUAUGAUUCACAUUUCAUAAUAAAGGAAAUAGCAAACGCGUUUGAAGGUGGCGUCAGUUUGCUACCGAUUACAAAAGAAAAGUAUAUUUCUUUUACUAAAACCGUUAAAGAUACCACCGAACAAGAUUCACGAAAACAUAUGCAGUUAAGGUUCAUAGAUUCAUUCAGAUUUCUUAACACUAGUCUUGAUAAAUUAUCAUCAUAUCUCAAUACCGAUAAAUUAAAAAUUGGCGUAUUUCCUUAUGAAUAUGUGGAUUGCGUGGACAAGCUGCAGGACACGUGUUUACCGCCGCGCGAAUCAUUUUUCAGUAGUCUGACCGGUGAUACAGUAUCCGAGAGCGAUUACGCGCACGCUGAGAAUGUCUGGAAGCGAUUCUCCAUUCAAACGCUAGGUGAAUACAGUGACUUAUAUUUAAAAACAGAUGUUUUGUUAUUAGCCGACAUUUUUGAAAAUUUUCGUGACACAUGUAUUCAAAGUUAUGGUCUCGAUCCUGCAUAUUAUUACACACUCCCCGGAUAUACGUGGGACGCUAUGCUAAAACAUACGCGUGUAAAGUUUGAGCUACUCACAGACAUUGACAUGAUAUUGUUCAUUGAGCGCGGUAUACGUGGAGGUUUAAGUCAAUGUUCAGGUAGAUAUGCGCGAGCGAAUAAUAAGUACAUGCAGUCGUACGACUCAACGAAACCAUCGUCACAUUUGAUGUACUUUGACGUCAAUAAUUUAUAUGGAUGGGCAAUGUGUCAACCUCUACCUUAUGCUAAAUUUCAAUGGGUUGAAGAUAUCUCUAAUUUUAACGUAAACGCAAUCGCUCCGGAUUCACUCACAGGUUACGUUCUCGAGGUUGAUCUCGAGUAUCCUCAAAAUCUUCACGAUGCGCACGCCGAUCUACCGUUCUGUCCAACGCGCGACAAGCCGCCUGGUACGCGGGAAGAGAAAUUGCUUGCAACUGUUUGCGAUAAGAAACGUUACAUUAUACAUUAUCGUAAUUUACAGCAGUGCACGCGCCACGGUCUUCGCGUAACAAAAAUAUAUCGUAUAUUACAAUUUGCUCAGUCUGCAUGGCUCCGCGAGUAUAUUGAAUUAAAUACACGAUUCCGAACCCUUGCUAAAAAUGAUUUUGAAAAAAAUUUAUAUAAACUUAUGAAUAAUGCGGUAUUCGGGAAAACUAUGGAGAAUGUGCGCAAUCACGUUGACGUAAAACUUUUAACAAAAUGGGAGGGACGAUAUGGUGCGGAGGCAAUGAUUGCAAGACCAAAUUUUCACAGUAGAAGCGUAUUUUCGGAGAAUCUAAUCGCCGUCGAACUGCGUAAUCUCGAGGUGAAAUUCAACAAGCCGAUCUAUGUAGGAAUGUGUAUACUUGACAUUUCAAAAAUCUGUUUGUAUGAAUUUCAUCACGAGUACAUGCUACCGCUGUAUCGCGACAAAUGCAAAGUAAUGUAUACCGAUACUGACAGCCUCGUAUACCACGUCGAGUGCGAGAAUAUUUAUGAAAAUAUGAAACGCGAUAUUGUAAGAUUCGAUACAAGCGAUUAUCCGAUUGACAAUGUGUAUGGUAUGCCUCUCGAAAAUAAAAAAGUGCCCGGUCUGAUGAAGGAUGAGAACAACGGUGCGAUAAUGACCGAGUUUGUUGGACUCAGGGCAAAAAUGUAUGCAUUGAGGGUGGAUGGGAAGAAAGACACCAAAAAGGCUAAAGGUAUCAAAAGCAGCGUCGUCGCGCGAACUAUAACGUUCGACGAUUACACGCGCUGUCUUCGCGAAGAGAUUGAACUAACACGUCGCCAGUCGUGCAUAAGAUCCAACUUGCACGAAGUAUAUACAGUAUCCGAAAAGAAAAUUGCCCUGAGCCCAUACGAUAACAAACGAUAUAUCGUACCGAAUUCGACCGAGACUUUACCGUGGGGGCAUUGGCGGAUACCUUUGUAA